CGGUUGCGGGCUCUGUUGCGGUUGAGGUUACGGUUGAUGGUUGCGGGUUGACCGAUCACACUACAAACUGGCUGAUAUUGGUCUGUUCUUUUCAGCUGCACUGGUGCAAUAAAUUAGAGUGAAAUAGUGUGCUGAGCCAAAUAUUGAAGUCGUGAAGUUGUAUUAUCACCUAUUUUUAUUAUAAAUCAACAAUGUCAAAUAUUAUUGAAUUGUUAAUAAAAAAACAUAGAUAUAGACUUUCGUGUGCAUGUCUGCUGCUUCUAAUAGCAAUAAAUAAGGAAAAAUAUCGAUUAAAACGUUCUGUGUGGGUUAAGCCGUAUUUUUUAAAAAGAAAAAAUAUUAGUAUGCAUAAAAAUUUAUUUCUAGAGCUUGCACUUGAAGACCCGAAUCGAUUUCGUAGGUAGGUAAAAUGUAAUUGUUACUAAUUUAUAUACGUUAAAUAACCGUGAGAAAGUGUGCAGAAGAAUUACUUUGAUUAGAAAGUAAUGAUGAUUUGAAAGUAAUGAUGAUUAACAAUUGUUUGCAGAUGUUUGCGCAUGGAUACUGAUACUUUUGAAUAUCUUCUUGAAAACAUUACACCUCUCAUUGAAAAGAAGACGACACAUUUGAGAGAAUGUAUACCUCCUGCUGAGAGACUCUCCGUCACUCUGCGGCAUUUGGCUACUGGAGAAUCACAGGAAUCACUUUCCUUGCAAUUUAGAAUUGCACAAAGUACUAUAUCAAAAAUAAUAAGGGAAGUUUGUGCAGCACUGAUCUAUGUUUUGAAAAAUACAUUUCUUCGAAUGCCAACAUCUGCAGAAGAGUGGAGCGUUGUUGCUGAAGAUUUUGGAAGGAAAUGGAAUUUUUAUAAUUGCAUUGGUGCGAUAGACGGCAAACAUAUACGAAUAGAUCCACCUGUAUCAUCGGGUUCAGCCUACUACAAUUAUAAAGAUUUUUAUAGUAUUGUAUUACUUGCUGUCGUUGAUGCACAGCUGAGAUUUAUUUAUAUCGAUUUAGGCACUAAUGGGAGAAUGAGUGAUUCUUCUAUAUGGAACAAAUGCAGUCUCAAAUCUCAUUUACGCAGCAAUAAUCUUCCUUUGCCUCAGCCAUCUUCACUUCCUGAGUCUGACAUUAAUUUUCCUCAUGUACUAGUUGGUGAUGAGAUUUUUCCUCUGACAACUAAGCUACUUAUUCCAUAUCCAGUAGAUCAAUGCUGUAAUCGUGUUGACAGGAAGAUCUUUAAUUACAGACUGUCACGUGCCAGACGCUGUUCGGAAAAUGCAUUUGGAGUGUUAGGUGCACGAUUUCAGAUAUUUAGAACAACUAUGAGAUAUGAUCCUGAAGAGGCAAUUCGAAUUACAAUGGCAUGUUGCUGUCUUCAUAACAUGUUACGUAGUCAAUGUACAGGCCGUGCUAUGUAUACCCCAUCAGAUUUUCUUGAUGAAGAGGACAUAUUAACAGGUUUGAUAAGAACAGGUGAAUGGAGGCAACAAGUAGCCAGCGGCUUAGCACCAAUGAGUUAUCAAGGUGGAAACCGUCAUGCAAAUGAUGCUCGUAUUCUUCGAGACAUGUGGACUACAUAUUUUAAUGGACCAGGAGCUGUGUGCCGUGGCAAGAAAGAAUGGUACUUGGUGAAAAUGUAUGCAGAUAAAACAUUGUACAAUUUUUAAGUUGUUAAUUUAGAUUUAUUGCAAAUAAUCAGAAA